ACAAUACAACUAAGAGGUCACAUACACAAACACAGAGACCUUCCUUUCUCAUUCUCUCUCUUUCCAUUGCACCUUCUUUUCUCUGUCAUUUUUCAGAUUCCUCCAAUGCUCUUUUCUCUUCCAUUCAAUUACACAGAUUCUCACCUACAAUACCCACUUAUCAAUUUCUCUAAUUCUAUUUCAUUUGUGUGGCUAUUUAUGUUUAAAAAAAUACACUUUUAAGGACUAUUGAACAUAAACUUCUUCUGGGUUUAUUUUAUUUUUUUUAUAUUUUUUUGUAAACUUUUUUUUCUGGGUUUGCUGCAGAAUUAAACCUUCAAUACCCACUAUUACUAUACGCCGCAAAUUAGGCUUAAAAACAACUUUUAUAUUUUUCAGAAUUUUUGUUUUGUUUAAUUGAACUAUAAAUUAUUUUCUCUUGUUUUAUUUUUUUGCAAUUUUUUUGGCUUUUUAUUUUGCCCUUUCGUUUGAGGAAAACGAUUUGAGAGAUGGGAAAACAAGGGCCUUGCUAUCACUGUGGAGUUACAAGCACACCACUUUGGCGUAAUGGGCCACCUGAGAAGCCAAUUUUGUGCAAUGCAUGUGGAUCUCGAUGGAGGACAAAGGGAACACUUGUGAAUUAUACCCCUUUACAUGCUCGUUCAGAACCUCUUAAUCAUGAGGAUCAAAGAGUUUCGAGGUUAAAGAUCGUAUCGUUAAAUAAGAACAAAGAUGUGAAAUUGGUUAAGCGAAAGCAGAACCACGACAAUGCUGCAUCUGGAGAGCUCACCCCUGAAUAUGAUCAAGGAUUCCAAAAGGCUGUGGAUGAGGAUACAAGCAAUAGAUCAAGUUCAGGGUCAGCCAUCUCUAAUUCAGAAAGCUGUGUUCAAUUCGGUGGCGCAGAUGCUAGUGAUUUGACAGGUCCUUCUCAGUCAGUGGUCUGGGAUACUGUGGUGCCUUCCAAAAAGAGGACGUGUGCAGGUCGUAUGAAGAAUUCUUCUGUUGAGAAGCUCACAAAAGACUUGUGUACUAUUCUUCAUGAACAACAACAGUCUUGUUUUUCUGCUUCUUCAGAAGAGGAUCUUCUUUAUGAAAGUGAAACGCCGAUGGUCUCUGUUGAGAUAGGACAUGGAAGCAUGCUCAUUAGGCAUCCAAGCUCUAUAGCUCGUGACGAAGAGUCUGAGGCUAGCUCUCUUUCGGUUGAUAAUAAACAAUGCCUACUCAAUGAGGCGUAUUCAUGUUAUGGUUCGAUUCCCAUGUUCAGUGAUUGUGGUGGCAUGAAUUUCUCUUCUCAGGGAGUUGGAAAGGUCAGGAACUCUGCAACUGGCCAAAGAAUGCAACAGGAGCAACUCAAAAGGGACAAGUCUCAACUUGAAAAACUAGAAGUUCUUGGAAAUCAUGAUUCACCACUGUGCUUAAUAGAUUUAAAUGAUGUUGUGAACUAUGAGGAGUUUUCAAGAAACUUGACAUACGAAGAGCAGCAGCAAUUACUGAAGUAUCUCCCUGUGGUUGAUACCGCUAAACUUCCUGACAGCCUUAAAAUUAUGUUCGAUAGCUUUCAGUUCAAGGAGGACUUAACUUAUUUUCAGAAACUUCUCGGGGAAGGUGUCCUCGAUUUCUCUUUGUUGGAGGCAAACUUGGAAGAGUGCAAAACGUUGAAAAGGCUUGCAUUAUCUAAUCUGUCGAAGUCAAAAUGGGUUGAACACUAUAAUUCUCUCAAGAGAGCUGGAAAAUGUAAUGAUAUGGAAUCUCCUGCUGUGGCAUCAAGUAAUGUUGCCAAUGUUAAGAGAUUGCGCGUCAGCCAAAAUCAAAAUUUAACAGAAUCAAAGACAACAAUGAGGAGCCCCAAAAGGGUGAUCAUAAAAGCUGGAUUUGGGGGAAAAGAAGUUGUAGACGGCUCUAGCAUCAGCCCGCAACGCCUAUUUGCAUUGCCUCGCAAUGGCGGCUUGCACAUGCUGGAUUCUUCAAACUUUGUCGACGAGAGUUCUGAUCAGGAUCUGCUGCUAGAGUUUCCGUCUAACAAUUCUUUUCCACAGGCAGAGCUCCUGCUCCCGACUUCUAGCUUGGUUCCUCAACACAGCACCAGUAGUAGCUCGGUAUACUCGCAUGUUACUCGUCCUUGAGUAAUCUUUACUAGGUUAUACCUGGAAGAGUAUAGACAUAAUUUUAUGAUACGUUUAGGGUCCACAUGUUUUGCUUGCGACUUAAACACCGAAAUCCUUGUACAAGAGAUAUGAUGGUUGUGCUUUUGUUUUCCUGCAAUCUUCUUGAGAUCGGAUUGCCGAGAGAUGCAAGUUGGAUGGGCUUUUUUGUAUAGGUUGGCGAUAUAGAAUGUAACAUAUAUAUAGCACAAAAUGCGGAGUGAUAUUCUCCAGAGUUUUGUAUGCGAUUGUAGCUUAUAUUUUGUGAAUUAUUUGACACCUUUCCCCCACAGAAACACCACUCAUCUGAAGAAAUAAAUUGUUGAACAGCUUUGCAAAUAGAUGAGGAUGAACUAUACAGUUAUUGUCAGUAGUUAACUUGCAAAACAUAUGACACAUGAUGUGUAUUUGGUUUUAUGGUGAAGAGUGCCAAAUGAAUUGCUUGAUAUGUAGAAAAUAAUUGUGCAUUGGCCACAAAUGUGUA